CCGUAAAAAACAGCGUGUGCGAUGGAAGCUGAACUGUUGUUUAAUGUUUAUAAAAUGAUUAACGUUCACCUAAGCAUUUCCUAAGGAGAUAUGAUUUACAACAUUUUGCUCUUUUCUACAAGUAUCUCUUCUCAUAUUCAGUGGCAUUGAUCCUGGCUCAGUAAAAGAUCAAGUCGCAUUCAUUCAUGCCAGUGGCGCGAACAUGACUCAGAGUAAACCACGUUGCUUCUCUCAGUCUAGUGUUGUCUAUCGAGCAGGAAAGAUCGUAUUUUCGCGUCUGCGUUUUGUAGUGGUUUUUCGUUCGCAUAUUUUUUUUUAUUACAAAAAUAUUUUUACUCGCUCUGAAACCGGUCGUGUGUCAUUUUUGUUGCCUUUACGAGAUGAGUGGAUGUUUGAUUUUAAAAUGCUAUUGGUGUGCAAUUCUCCUGUCAGUAGUAAGCGAAGUAGAAUCAACCACGGUGUGAUCUGUAGAGAUUGAGCUACGUAAUGAUCAAAUCAAAAAGGAAUCUAAAGGAAGAGCAGGAAGAAAUGAAAAAAGAGUUCAAAUUAGAUUUCACAAGAUCAAAUAUCAUCGGCACGUGAAAGGAGAAAAGUGUGUGAAAAGAAAAUAAAUAAUUAGAAAACCGAAUAUUAUUGAAGAAUGAUUGUUUUAUAUCAUUCACACUGCGCGUUUACGGAGCACAGACAAUUUGAUCAUCGAAUGGUGGUGAUUCACACAAGAGGCCUGAAGAAAAGAAUCGAAUAACUAGGAAAAGUAAAAAUAAAGUGUGCAGUGCCUUCCAAGCGCGAUCGACAAAAGGAGUUGAAGUAAUUGUAUUUAGAAAGGAAGAGCUGUAAUCUGAGAAGCUUGAGAGAAAAAAGAUAUCAUCCAACACGAAUUUCAUUCAUCAGUUAAGUGGACUAAUUUUCAAUGUGUUGCAAUACUCUUUCGAAGCAAGUGUUUUAUAAUGAGAUCAUCAAUAGGUGCAACGAAGAUUUCCACGUUUUUCAUUUUACUUCUGUACCUAUUUUUGAAAGUGAAAAUGUGUUCUUGUUCGCAUCAAACUAGUAAAAGUAUUAAUGACGAUGACAUUAAUUAUUACAACAGCGAUGCGUCAUCCCGAUCAUCAGCGCCUGCAGUUUCAGUGCCGUCGGAUUCGAAAGCAAGUCCUGAUCUCGAAAACUAUGACAUCAAAAAUCAUCGUCGCAGACAUGCGGUCGUAGCGCCAAAUAUACACCACGUGCGCCACGAAAAUCAUUAUGUUAAAAAUCCACAUAUUACUCGUGCACAGCGGGCACUUUAUGCAUACAAAAGUAGUUUGAGAGGUGCGAGCUCUAGAACGGACAACCAUCUAUAUACAAGUCAUCAUCGUCCACGCAGUCAUCAUACAAGAAUGCAUCAUCACUCCAACAAAAAUAUGCAUAAGCAUCAGAGCCGGGGGAAAGGUCGACUCAACUCACUCGUUAGCUCAUCUUAUAAGCCGCCACCGAUGUUUGUGGAGACCAGGUCCAGUCGUAAUAACAUUAGCCUAGCAGACGAUAACCACAAAAGAAAUAGGCGCAUCAAAGAUCGAACAGUAAACUCAUUAGAGCCUCUCUUCAUAUCGACUACAUCUGCCGUAAAAUCAUCAAAGACCACUAUGGACGGCAUCAAAUCAAAUUUUCAGCAGAGGGCUGGUUCUGAUACCUACAGCAAAACUUAUUUUGAAGAAUUACUAAAUACCUACAAGUCACAUUCACCUUAUUACGCGGGUCAUCAAAAAGAUUCAAGUCAAUUGGUGAAAUCACUAUCAGUUACAAGUUCUAAGUGUAGUGAGAAAAAGUGUGAAAAUGAAAAAACCAAAGAGGAUUCUGAAUAUUAUUACUAUGAUUAUGAAGAUGAAGAUGAAGAUGAAGAUGAUGACGAUUAUGAUGAAGAUGUUGUUGAUAAUGCAGAAGCACAAGGUGAUGCUGGAUAUAGUACAACGGCAAGACCAAUUUUCUUGGAAUUAGAAAUUACGAAUAGUAGUGAAGUAUUGUUAUCAAAUAAAAAUAAUAAAAAUCAUUCACAACAUACAGAUAAGAUUGGAAGCACGGACACCGCAUUUGAGUCAUCCACAGAAAGGAUUUCUGCGAAAAAAGAAUCACAAAAAGCAGAUGCAUCUCGCUUGGCAACAUCCCACAUAGCCAAAAUUAGGCGUGAAGGUUCAUGCUUUACACCAAAACCGAAAAUGAUCUUAGCAUCAAACGACCCUUCAAAGCAGUAUACUCCUCAUUGUACUAUACUUCAUAGAUGUGGUGAUGAUGUUGGAUGCUGCCUUCCAACCCAGACAUGUGCUGCAUCUAAAAAUUCAACGGUGGAACUUUAUUUUUUUGUUCAAACUGUUGGAUCAAGGCCAUCAAUUGAAAGACUGAGUUUCAUCAAUCACACUGAAUGUGCGUGUUUUAGUCGCAAUGAUUCACCACAGGGGAGAAUGUCUCCAACAUCAACAUCAUCACCUCAGAUGACUGCGCCAAUUUGUGCUUGUCCCUCAUUGUUCCAACGAGUAAUCGAUGAUGAAAAUCGUUGUAUUUGUGAUUGUUCUUCUAGUGAUACGCAGUGCGACCAAUUCAAGCGUGGGUUAGAACAUUUUUCUAUGGAAAAUAGGAGGUGCAUAAAAAAUGGACACUGCAAUGAACCGUUAUGUGAAUAUGGACACUAUAACAAAGCAAAAGGAAAAUGUCCUACCAGAGAAGAGAAAUUGUCUAUGGUUCACAGGAGGUUUUGAUUUAUUGUUAGAUUUAUGGAUUUAUGUAACGGUAGUUACCAGUAUUGGAUAAUUUGAGACGAUUCCUCAUUUUUCGGGGUAAAAAUUGCAUUGCCAAUGAACGAUUCUUUGUUAGGGUGGUAAUAUGAAUAAAGGUGAUAAAAUGAACACCUGGCCAAACAAUACAGAGACACCUGGCCAAACAAUACA